AUGAUUCCGAUAGUUGAGACAUCUCAUCUAGUGAAUCGUUCCUCGUUUCGUAAGCGGAAGAAGCGAGUAGCUGCUGCUUGCGACUUCUGCCGGCGGAGGAAGCUGGGAUGCGACAAUGCCGCGCCGCGGUGUGGCAGUUGCCAGUCCCACCAGAAACAAUGUACCUAUGCAUAUAGGCCCUCAAAUUCUCGGAUCAAACAGUUAGAGGAAGAGAAUGCGAGACUUCGCGGAUCUUCUCGAGCCUCUGAACUGCAGAACGCCGAAGUACCACCGAAUACAGAGAGCGUGGAGCGGAUACUGACAUUGGUCCAUUCAUCUCCCAUGCCUCAUCAUACCGAACAUGGUGCAGUCGAGGAAAUCCUCGACCUGCCUGACGAGCCUGUAACGGCAGCUCCAGUUCAGCAUGUACUCCGACAUCCCAGCCCAACGGUAACUCGGCGCUACACAUCAGGACCUGAUCGCGAGAACCGUUUUCAUGGCCCUUCAAGCGCGAUGUUUGAUGGACCACGCUCGUCACACAAACCUGUUGGCGAUUCUGAUACACCGGACGAUGUGUACAAGAAAUGCCAGCUCUUAGCAGAAGCAACAAGGCAACGACAAAUGGAGAUGAUCAAUUCUAAAUCUGGAAAAUUAGACUUUGACGGAGUGGAGCCUGAAAUGGCGAUGAACAUGUUAACCAUCUUUUGGAAUCGUCAACAUCACUCUGGCUCUAUCGUCUACCGGCCGGCUUUCAUGAGAGACAUGGCUUGUAAUGGGCCGCUGUUUUCAAAGUUACUGCUAAAUGCAAUAUAUUUCUCUGCCUCGGAGUAUUUGUCCCGAGCCGCAGCAUCAGGACUGGAAGGGAUAAUGGCCACACGGUGCGAAGUUGCGGACAACUGUACCACUGGACUCGAAUUCCGACGAAGGAUCGACGACAUGUUGCAUGAUCCGGAGACACGGCUGCUAUUCAAGAGCGAAGUGACUACAAUCCAGGCCCUCAUCAUAGUCUCGGAUGCUCUGUUCUCGUGGUGUGACGAGAAAAGCGCAUCAUGGCAUUACUCAGGCAUUGCCAUCGGCAUGAUUACUGACCUUGGCCUUCACUCGGAGAGUGUCAACCUGAGCGUCACCUCUAACCGCUCCUUAGAGAAUAUCGAGACCCAUCGGCGAUUAUUUUGGGCUGCUUUUGCAAUGGAUAAGCUCCAGUCCAUCUAUCAGGGUCGUCCCUCCCGUCUACGAGAGCCGGAUAACAACGUACCAAUACGUUUCCUUGACGAGUUCGAUGAGCUCGAGCCAUUUCAUACGAUUGGCUAUGCUGCUAAGCCAACGUUUCUUGGCUCCCCAGGGUAUAGCGUCUCGACAUUCGAGCAACUCUGCAAGCUGAGUCUCAUCAUGGACCGUGUCCUUUGCAACCUCUACACAGAGAGAAGCUCUCAAAGAAACCCUGAAGAUCUCGUUCACAUAGCGUCCUGCUUAGAUGAGGACUUGAAGACUUGGAGAGGUAGUUUGCCGCAACAUAUUUCGGUCCUUCUGGAGGAUCUUACAAGUGCGCCAAUUCUACCUCAUUUGAUCUCAUUGCUUGCAUUGUAUAACGCGACCAUCAUACUCCUUCACCGGCCGUUCGUGUCCGAUGGGCAUCUCCAAUCGGCCGACCAGUCUCGCGUGAGCCAGUCGUUUGCUGUCUGUGCAGCUGCAGCCUCGGACGUGAACGGCCUCCUGCAGGCAUUUCGGCCAAACUUCUGUGUCAAGGCCACACCAUACGCAAUGUCGUAUGCAAUCUACGUUAGCGCAACCAUCCACUUGCGCAUCGCGGCACAAAGGCGACCCGGGUCUGAGGCUCAUAGAAGUCUUCGAAACUGCCUCGACGCGCUUUUCGAACAUCAGAUGAUGUCAUAUGCGUCAAGACGCUGCCUGAGCAUUCUCAAGGGCCUCAUGAAGCGACUGAAAGUGGAUGUUUCGGACUCAACUGGAUCUGCUAGUAGUCAUUCAUUUGAGCCGGGUGCUGUAAGCACGGGCGCAAGUGCAGCCCCAAGCGAGAUACCAACACCUUUGGCCCCAAAUAACCCACAAGGCAUCAUUGUUGCCGAUGGCAGUUACUCAGCUGACAUUCAGACUGGGAUGGUGACACCAUGGUCUGGUAUUGACAUUGCUGAAAUCGUCAAAACCUUCAACCUGUCGCCUCCGAGCGCAGUCUACGACGACUCGGGGCUCGUUGAUGGGCAAGCGGACGAUUGUAUAGAUAGAACCUUUCAGGAUUUAGACACGUUUACGUCUUUUGACGCUCUCUUCGGGCUUGACAUACAUUAA